AAAAGGCACACAACAUAAUAAACUUUGCUAUAUUCCCUUUCACUGUUUUGCAGUAGAAAAUCUGAAAAUGUCAAGGCGUCGAAGAGAAUCUUACAGUGAUGAUGAAGAUGAUUCUAGCCGGCAUAAAAGAAGAAGAACUUCAGAUGAUGUAAACAUUGAAGAUAGAUUAGAUUCUCUUAUAACAAGAGUCGGUGAAAAAAGUACAUCAUCAUUGGAAAGUAAUUUAGAAGGAUUAGCUAGUGUAUUGGAAGCUGAUUUACCUAACUAUAAAGAUAAGAUUAUUAAGAUUCUAUGUGAUUGUGUGAUAUAUUUACCAGAAAAGAUAACUGUUUACACUACAUUAGUUGGCUUAUUGAAUGCAAAAAAUUAUAACUGUGGGGGAGAGUUUACAGAACUAAUAGUACGAAACUUAAAAGACUAUCUGAAGACUGGGAAAUUUGAAGAUGCUCGUAUGACUGUAAGAUUUAUAGCUGAUCUAGUCAAUUGUCAUGUAUUAGUAGCUGGGUCAGUUCUACAGAUGUUUGAUAAUUUGAUAGAAGUUACAUUAGAAGAUAAUAUACCUCAGGUGCGAUCAGAUUUUUAUGUAUAUGCUGUCCUAUCUGCAUUACCUUAUGUUGGAAGAGAACUAUUUGAGAAGAAAGAACAAGAAUUGAAUAAGUUAUUACAGACAAUAGAAAAUUAUAUCAGUAAAAGACAUCAUAUUCAUGUACCUUCAUUACGAGUCUGGUCGUCAGAUGAUCCACACCCACAAGAAGAGUAUUUAGAUUGUUUAUGGGCACAAAUUAAAAAUCUACGAAAUAACAAAUGGAUGGAGAAACAGAUAUCAAGACCAUAUAAUGCUUUUGACAGUGUAUUAUGUGAUGCCCUACAACAUACAUUACCCCAAAUAAUACCACCAUCACAUAACGAUGAAAUCAAAUACCCCCUACCUAUGGUUGUGUUUAGAAUCUUUGAUUAUACUGAUGUACCAGAGGGAACAGUCUUACCAGGAAGUCAUGCUAUUGAAAGAUAUUUAAUAGAAGAACAUCUUCAGAAGAUUAUAGAUUCUAACUUUCUUGAAAGAAAGGAAUGUGCUGCAGCUUUGUUAAGUUUUCCAACCAAAAAUAAACUUCCAUUGAACUAUAUCAUUAUUGAGACAUUAUUUGCUGAAUUAUUUAACUUACCUAAAGAAAGACAUUUAGAGUUAUUUUAUGGUGUAUUAUUGAUAGAAUUAUGUAAAUUACAACCCAGUACUAUGCCUCAAGUUCUGGCUCAAGCAACAGAGAUGUUAUUUGAAAGAAUUGACACUAUGCAUACAAUUUGUAUUGAAAGAUUUGUGAAUUGGUUUUCGUAUCAUUUGAGUAUGUUUCAAUUUAGAUGGAGUUGGGAUGAUUGGUCUGUCUGUUUAGAACAGGAUCCUAAUAACCCUAAACCAAGAUUUGUUCACGAAGUUCUUCAUAAAAUAUUACGACUUUCUUAUCAUCAACGAGUAAUGGAAUCAGUUCCAGAAUCAUUCCAUUGUUUAUUACCAUUAAAACCUCAACCAUGUUAUAAAUAUGAACAGGAAGGAGCAGGAAGUUUACCAGGUACAAUGAAAGCACAUGCUUUAAUGUCAGCUAUAAAAUCUAAAUGUACCCCAGAAGAAGCAGCUCAAAUAUUAAAAGAAUUACCAAGUGACAUGAGUGAUGAUAAUGAUUUAUCAUUUAAUCCAUUAAAGAUUGAUGUAUUUGUCUCCACUCUGUUGUAUCUUGGUAGUAAAUCAUUUAGUCAUUCAUUUGCCGCUCUUGCCAAAUUUCAUCCAUUAUUAAAAUCUCUGGCUGAAACAGAAGAAAGUCAAAUUUAUUUAUUAAAAACAUUGUACUCAGUAUGGAAAUCUCAUCAACAAAUGUUAGUAGUAUUAGUUGAUAAAUUAUUACGUACACAAAUAGUAGAAUGUUCUGCAGUAGCUAAUUGGUUAUUCUCAGAUUCAAUGAAACAAGACUUCAUUAGUGGUUAUUUAUGGGAGAUAAUGCACAGUACUAUCAAGAAAAUGAGUAAACAAGUAGAUAAACUACAGAAAGAAGUGGAUGAAGGCAGAGAUAGAUUAGAUGCUCAAAGACGUAGGGCAGCAGAUGGAUUAGAUAUGGAUGGUUAUGAUGAAGAUAUUCCUACAACAGAAAUGAUCGAUAGAAUGGAGGAGAAAUUGGAAUCAGCCAUUAGUCAACAGAAAAGUUUAUUUCUCAUCAUAUUUCAGAGGUUUAUUAUUUUACUAACAGAACAUUUAGCUCGUUGUGAAUCAGAAGGUAUAGAUUAUAAUACAGCGUGGUAUAAAUGGGUUAUAGAAAGAUUACAACAAGUCUUUUUACAGCACCAUACUCUGGUCUAUAAAUAUGUUAUGACAUUAGAAGAGUUACUAUUUACCAGUAAUAUUGAUAUACAUAUUCUAGAGGUCUUUCAACAAUUCUGUUCUCUUAGAUCUUAAAUAUCUCCCUAUUUAUAAUGCGGAUUAGGUGCUUAGUUACAAUAUUAUAAAAGUAUGACAUUGAUGAAGAAUAUUGUACUUAUUUAAGCUUUUGAAAAAGAGAUGCUGCAUUGGCAAACAAUUAAGACUUAUAGUUACAUUGAGUGGGCUGGAAAAGUGAGCAUAUCCUGCCUGCCUGGACAGGGACAACUACCAAAAUACAGAUCUCUUGUUCAACAGUAUUCAUUUUUAUAAUUAGCUCUGUGGACUCUCUGAAAGCCUGUAGUUAAUUGGGAAGAAAUUAAUAAUACAUUUAUAAUCAUUACAAAAUAUCUUUUCAAAAUGACAAGUUUGUGGACAAAAAUCUCAAUCUUGUUUCUUCUCCAAGUCAGUAUGUAUAUAUUUGUAUUUCUUCUAAUAUUCAUUUUAUCAUGGUUCAUUUAUCAUCUUUAAAUAUUACAAGUUGUGAAUAUUAUAUACAAGGGAUUGUAAAGUAAUUUUCUAAGUUGUGGUACCAUUCUGUGUCUAUGGUUCCUGCAAUCCCCGUAAAAUUAAGCGCUUUAUGACAUCACUAAUCGCGAAGGGGCUUAUGUGAUAAUGCAUAUAUUGUGAUUAGUGACAUCAUCAAACACUUAGUUUUAGUGAAAUUGUACAAACCACAGACGUCUUACUGAAAAUGGGAAUGAUGCAAAUUGAUGGUAUGUGUCCUUGACCACAUGAAAAUUUUAGAAAACCUCUUAACAAUCCCUUUAAUAGCUUGAAUUUCAAUAGGCCAGCUUAUGUCAUAGUAUUUGUUGCAAUGUUAAUGUAACUUUCAUAUUCCUAGCUGAUUUUAACAAUAGGACUGUUUUUAUUCUACAUUUGUAAUAUAGUUUCAGAGCAUGAAAUUUGCUCAGGAUAAGAAAGAAUGUUGAAGGAUAAUUCAAUCAAAAUUCUGUUCAAUUGAUUUUAUUUUAAGGCUAGUUCAAUUGGAACUCAUGGUCCAUUACCACUGCUAAAAAGUGAAAAUAAUAUUUUAUGUUGUAAGGAAUCACUAGCAAAAGUUCAGAAUAUCUUUGUCCAUUGUAUCAUUAAGGAAGUAUUAAGAAGUGUAGAGGAAUGGGGGUGUGGUUUGGACACGAUCCUGUCAGACUUUACUUACAUGAAUCAUGUUUUCAUUUCUUCUUACAAAUAAUUUUAGAAUGUACAACUUGCUUAAUAGUUUGUAAUUUGUUAUGUAUUUUUUAUGUAGUGACUGAAGAAUAAAGUCUAUUAUGAACGUC